AUGUCCUCGUCGAUUUGGACCGGAUCAGAAGUGGAUUUGUCCACAUUACACCGAUGUAGGUCAGCGAAUAGGUUAGAAUUUCGCUUGACCUGUUUGCGUAACAAAAAGUCCACUGGAAAAAUGCACGAUGAAAACGGGCGAUCGUUCGACGAUUUAAAUAACGGUACUCGUCAAACGAGAUCGGGAACUUGGCCGCGAACUCGAUCUUUAAACGCUCCAUCGCCCGUGCAACAAUUCGGACCAUGUGGAAGGAUAAUGAAAAAUUCCUCUAUGGUAAUGACAAUACAAGACCCCGCUAGUCAAAGACUGACAUGGUACAAACCGCCGCUUACAGUUCUUGUGAUAAAAAAAGUACGCGACGCCAGCGUCUAUUUACCUUUUAUACAAUUGGUCCAAUGGCUCACCGAGGAGAAACGUAUGGUGGUGUUCGUGGAAUCCUCGGUGAUGGAGGACAACAAUCUGGACCAGUACAAUUCCUUUUCGAAAUUCAAGGAUAAACUGAUGACGUUCAGAGACGGCAAGGACGAUUUGACAGAUAAAAUCGACUUCAUCAUAUGCCUGGGUGGGGACGGGACCUUGUUGUACGCCAGCCAAUUGUUCCAGCAAUCUGUACCGCCUGUGAUGGCCUUCCAUUUGGGCUCGUUGGGUUUCCUCACUCCGUUCCAGUUCGAGAAUUUCCAGGAGCAGGUCAACAACGUCCUUGAAGGUCACGCGGCGUUGACGUUGAGGAGCCGUUUGCGUUGCAUCGUGAUGAAAAAGGGCGAGCUGAGCAACAAAAACGGCGAUAAAGUACCGAAAGUACCGACGAAUCUUUUGGUAUUGAACGAGGUCGUCAUCGACAGAGGUCCAUCGCCUUAUCUUUCGAAUAUCGAUUUAUUCCUAGACGGUAAACACAUAACAUCUGUACAAGGCGACGGGUUGAUUGUAAGUACUCCUACUGGUAGUACCGCUUACGCAGUCGCAGCAGGCGCUUCGAUGAUCCAUCCCAGCGUACCAGCCAUCAUGGUAACGCCGAUUUGUCCGCAUUCGUUGAGCUUCAGGCCUAUAGUAGUACCGGCUGGAGUCGAACUUAAGAUCUCCGUGUCGCCGGAUAGCAGGAACACCUCGUGGGUGUCAUUCGACGGACGCAACAGGCAGGAACUAGUGCAUGGAGACAGUUUACGGGUGACAACUUCAAUCUAUCCGGUGCCGAGUAUAUGCGCCCAAGAUCAAAUAUCUGAUUGGUUCGAUUCGUUGGCUGAAUGCCUGCAUUGGAACGUGAGAAAGAGACAGAAGCACCUGGACGAAUUGACGGAUCUGACGCAUUCCAGUUCGAACGAUACGUUGGAUUCGUUGGAGAGGGACCUGUUGUUGGAGAAGGAGGAGAAAUGA